AUGCUCUAUCGCAUCGUGGAGGCGGACGCUGGUAGGCUACAGAGCAGAAGUGAGUAUAAAACAAUCCAGACUUCUCCAAAACCAAAUUGUGCAGCUGGAAUUGUUGACGAGAUCAAACGCAACCUUGUCAUUACCAUCCAGCCAGUCGCAUGUGUCCCAUUUGGUGUAACAGCCCAGACCAGAACGAGUCGUCGGAAGCGAGUAGGCCUGCUUGACGGCGUUAGCGACGACUGCCAGCCUGCCUGCAGUUGGGCCUACCAUUCAUGCCCAUCUUGUAACUGGGAGGAGAGUGGAGAGAAGUGCCACAACAGCCCAUGCGACACUGCUGACUUCAUGAUGGAACCAGGCACCUCCACCGCCUCAGAUCUCACAUCACAACAGAUCUACCGGAUAUCCUGUAGCUAA